AUGGUGACCUUGGGGAUGCGUCAUUCCCAGCACAUAUACUUUUCCAAUGUCUGGGCGCGCCCUGACAAGUGUCUUGAAUUUUGUGGCCAAAACUGGGGGGCACUCACUAAACAUGUCUGCGGGAGUAAAACCAGUAGAGUUAUUUUCAUAAAGGAGACUAUUCACAAGGUUGCUGAAAACUCUUCGACAGCCCAAGACCGGUUUCGCCCUUCUUGGGACUCAUCAGGUAGGCACAGUCCCCGAGUUUCCGUCAACCUUAUGAUCUACUUGAACCAAAAUUGGACUGCUUUCGAGAAAUACACUCAUUUGCAAAUCAAUUUGGUUUUCACGAGAGACUCGACUGAAGCUCCCGUUUAUGUUUUUUUACUACUUGGGACCAACAAAACCACAAAAGGAGCUAACGCGUUUCACGAACUCCGAAAAUAUCUUCGAGCAAUGGCACAUAGGGAAACAUUCUCCAGUGACGGUGCUCCGGUCGUGAGCAGCUUCAGCCCCACCCCACUGGCCUUAUGUUGCU